GUUUUUGAGGAUGUCGCCAUUUUAAGUGACAUUUGCGCUUGCUCAGUUUGCAAAUUUGUUUUGACAAACUUAAAUUGAAAUUCGAGAGUUUGAACGUUGAUUAAAAAUAGUUUGUCAAUUUGUGAUUAUAUUGAUUCAAUUAAAUACAAAUUAAGCUAUUCCAAAGCGUUAAGGACGCCAAUUCAAAUUGGAACUGUCAAUUGUUGUCACAGUGUUGCCACCUCGUUAUCAUUUCAGUUCAUUUGCUGUUCUGCAAAAGCUGCAUAAAAAGGAGUAUUUUGUACAUUCAUGAUUGCAUGAAAUGGGGAAUUCUAAGAAGAAGAAUCUCUAAGUAGAAACAAAUGCUAAGUUCAUUUGUGUCUUCUAUGUCAGUAAACCACGUUUCAAUUGUUUCAGUUCAGAAGAAAAACAAAUUUCGGUUCACAGCAUUCAUAAAUUUGUUGGCUCAAGAACAUGGAUUGGUUAAUCCUAACCUCAUACUUGUUGUGGUUCUUUUCGCCUUUAUCCAAUCCGGUUGUGCAUAUAUGGUUACGUCUGCGAGGACCUCAAUAUAGCAUUCAUGUUGCUGUGCCCGAUGUCUUCGAGCCACCGGACAUUGAACAGAUUGAUCCGUCUGAUUUUGUGGAGCGUCCAGUGCACAUGUACACCAAUCCCUAUGGCGAUGAAUUGGAGCAUGUCGGGGAUGGAAGCAAAGUGGACUCGCACACGACGCAAGGGCAACAGGCGGAACGGCAGGACCGACAGAAAACACCGCUAUUUAGGAUCCAAUUGACCAAAGGCUUCAGCCUUGUGGCAUACGACAAUCCCAGGACCGUCUAUCUGCAUUACGAGAGAAUAUACGAGGGCGUCAAUCGUGUCACCUGGAUCAAUCUCAAUCUAGCUAGCCAAUUGCUUUGGCUAGCCUAUUUGUUGUGCCUGGCGGCUGGCGUCGUCGAGAUGUUGGCCUAUACGCUGUGCGCAGGCUCUGUAAGGUUCCUUCAUUGGCUACUUGGAACGCUUAUAGGGUUAUGCUCGUCGCCACGAAAGGAAGGAUCUCUGCGUCAAUUGUUACCACAGACAGCACACCUGGAAGCCUUAGCCAUGUUAAGAGCACUGCGGGAGAUUGAUGAUGAAACUUCGGUUGUUGCCGGCACAGCGGCUGGCCAGUCGCUGGAAUCGGACAUGGUUUCGAAAAUUCAGCAGAAGGAUAGCGCACGAUCUGCCGGAGCCGACAAAAACGGCGCAGGUGACGCCACACAACAACAUGAUGAGCAGCCGGAUUUGGGAUCAGAGACUCUGGUUAAGAUGAUGGAAUUCGAGUUCCAAUCAAAAAAUCUGUUUGACGAUGAGAAGCCGUUCGAUCCAGCUGCCGAGCGACAUGCUCCAAUCGCAGAUCCAACAAUUCAAGAAGUUAACGCGCCAGUCAAGUCAGCAGAAUUCAAGGCAUUUCCAGAGAUUCAGGACGGCGAUUUAAAAUUGGAAAUCCAACUGGAGAUCAGCGAGGAUCCGGAAGAAAAUUUGCAUGUGGAAGAGCACGAAUCCCCGAUAUUGUCAGUAAAAUCUGCGGAUUUCUUGAUUGAAGGCGCCGAACAGGGCAACGACGUGUGGCUGAGCCGAGUAGUUUUAAAACAAGUUGAUUUGCCAGUGGGAUCUAAGGAACCAUUAGGUAUUCAAGAUUCCGAAAUGCAACGGAAGACCGAAGAUUCUAUAUCAGUUUCCGAGUCCUCCGAACUGUCGCUAAACAUGCAAGAGUCUGAGGAACUUUCAAUGAUCAAAGAGUCGGAGAAUUUUGCAUGUGCAGAUAAUCCCGACAUCCUGAAACCUGAGCCAGAAUUAGGUGAAUCCUCUGAGAAGGAUGUUCCAUUUGAGCCAGUCGAGAUUUUUCAUAUCGAAGAGAAUGGGAGACUCACCACCAUUCCAGAUGCUGCUGGAAAACCUUGUCAGUUUGUAGAAUCCGAGCAGGGCGUAGGCAAAGGAUCUGCGAAGCCAUCAAACAACCAAGAUGACGUGGUGCAAGCCCAGUUAGAUUAUAUAUUGGCUACCGUAUUAUCUGAAGCUGAAGAGCUUUCGUUGUUUAAGGAGCCCGACAAGGAGGCAGAUUGGCAAGAUCUUAUAUCAGUUGUAGACUGCUCUGAGACAUCUGCCCAGCAUGAGGAUACAUUCGACAACAGCUUCACAGAAUUCCUAGCCGAUAUUCCAUAUACGCAAGAAACCUUUUUUAUGGAACAAAAUGUUGAGUUAUUGCAACCCACAUCAGACGCUGCUCAGGAAGCAAUUGGACAGGUGAAUCGGGACGACAUCAAAGGGUCAACUCCAGCUGCUGCGGGCGUUGCGCCAUUUAAUUUGGAAGAAACUUUCCAUAAAGAAGGAAACGAUGACAUGGCAUUGCAAGCACAGUUUGCGAAUUUACUAAAGAUCUCCAACGAGGAUUCUUUCAAUGUACACCAAGCCGCGCAGGAAGAUGACAAUUGGGUCAGUGCUGUCCGACGAUAUAAUAAUCCAAUUGGGUACAAAGAGCCAUUAAAGAUCCAAGAAGAGCUCGAGGCUGCACAAGCUAGUUCGGAUGAUUUUGCAGGCUUCUUUAAAGAACUUUUCAAGAUCGAAGAUAUUGAAGAAACCAAUCGAAAUGCAGAAACAGUUAAUACUCAGGAAAAUGAUGAGACAAUAAUACUUUUACAUGCUGUUCAAAAGACCGAACUAUUUGAAACUGUUGAAGUAUCUUCAGAACCUUCAAUGGUUCAAGGAAUCGCUGAGGAAGCGGUACCAGUUGAUUCAAUAUCAUCUGUGGACUGCUCUGAGAUAUGCUCACAUACGCAUGAGAACAACAACUCUAAGCUGGAAACUUGGCUGGCAAAUAAGAUAUUAAUGUGUGAAGAGUCACCAGCAGAUGAUAACGAGUCGCCAAGAGCUGAGGAUCCAGCCCAAAUUCUACAGAUUUCUGAUGAAAUUCGAACAGUUCUCGAAACUUGCGCUGAAUCGGUACAUUCAAUGACAACAUCUGAAUGGUCGGAAUUGAACAUGGACAUGGUAGAAGUAAUUCCAGCACCUUCAUUGUGCUUUCCUAACGCGUCCGCAUCGAAGCUGCCAAGUCGGUUUUACGAACAGGUCGGAGCUGAUUCAAUAGGGCCAGACGUUGGCCCAAACAUUCACGACGUUGAAUUUAGCCCGGCAACUGAGCUCUCCAUCUUGUCUGAAGCCGACGUAGAAUUUGAACUAGCUGCUCAGCAGCUUCCACAACCAUGUCUAAGUAUUCCCGACGGGGUCCGUGCGACUCCGCAGCUCAAACUUUCACUUGUGCCCUGCGAACGCUCAGUAGGUUCCGUUGUCAAAUCUCGUUCGGCGAGUCAGCUGAUGCCAAAAACUUCCAGCAUAGCCGAAGUUGGAUCUCGUUCGGCCACUCAGCUAUCUGGCCGCGGGGUCACCCAAUCGGACUUGCCAAUUGCUCCUUGCCAAUCGUCAUUUAAGCCAGUUGCCAGGACGCGUUCCGCAACGCAGUUGGCGGCUCGUGGAAGUCCAGAAUCCCUAAACUCUACCGAGGACGAAUUCCAUUCGUUUGCGAACAUGCCAAUUGGCUCGAACGAAUCCGCUCACGAAUUUCAUUCGCCAAUUGUGCACUCCCUUCUUGGAAUACCACAGCCCGAUACGUCAGAUCCGGCCGAAUUCGCAUCCGAUAAUCGUUUGGUUUUUGCUGGAGUUCCGGAACCAGUUGCUCCAAUGUGGCCAGAUGAAUCUUUGAAUGUGAAUGCAUACGAUUUUAAUGUUGAGAAUAUCGGAGCGAGCGACGAUGAUCUACAGGAGUACAUCAGGAGCUAUGAACCGGCUGGCAGUCCGGUUGCGGCUGUAAGUGCAGCUUUGGAGCCCAUGUCCACCGAAUCCGAGCAGGUAGUCAUGGAAACGGAUGAUCUGGAGAAUCCAGAUGGCACCGUCCAGGUUACCCUCUUCCUGCCCGAUGGCCAGCCCUAUGUGCUGGACUGCAGGCGCUUGGAUCAUGUUUAGAUUAAGCUAAAGCUUCUCACUAGUUACUAGAUAAGUAUUACUCUAUGCCAUAUUUGAUAACCCACCUUUUAAGACGAAUUCUUCUUUUCUAGUUCUAGUUAAUCCAGUUUUUGAUUUUCUGAAUGUUUUUGAAAGCCUUAUAAUUUCGUUUUUCUUUCUUUCUUUCUGUUAAUUCGAUUAAAUUGAUCAUGGAUUGUUAUAUACAUAUAUAAGUA